CCCAUCAGGCAUCGGCGGGACCGGAAUGGUCCGAUAAAAAGUCCGGACGGUGCGGGGGUUAGCAGAAGGACGCCGACAACAAAGCUGUUGCUGAAAACAUCCCGAAAAGCGCUAAUUUCAAGACCCCGUAACUGAAAAUUGAGCAAAACUGAAACGGCAGAAAACCUGGAAAAGUCAUGAAGAGUUUAUAUCAAGGAAUCUUCCUUCUUUCUGCUCUCUGCUGCUGCCUAGCGGACAACGUGUCACUGCUCCGCAGCAAGCGAGGGACCCGAUUUUACAGAGGUGAGCCCGACCGGCAGCCAGCUAGACGGACACUUUUGAUUGUUCAGUUGAAGAAACCUUCAUCUUCCUUUGAAACAUCCUUCCUGUGUGUGGAUAGUGAAACGUCAGCCGUGCGUAGCUUUGGCGACACUUGGCUGCGCUGGAAAGGACAGCGCGUGGAGUUUUGCCGUUGCGCGUUAAGAGGAAGAGAGCAUUGUCAUGUUGUGCCUGUCAUCAACUGCUACGUGUCCCAGUGUUACAACGGGGGAACCUGCAAGGAGGCCGUCUACUCGUCCGACUACAUCUGCCAGUGUCCCCCCGGCUUCAGUGGAGCUUGGUGUGAGAUCAACACCAAUGAGCAAUGUGCAGUGGGUCAGGGCGAAGGGUACCGCGGGACCUGGAGCAUCAGUCAGACUGGAGCUGCGUGCAUCAACUGGAACUCAACUUCUCUCAGAGGAAGAAGGUUCACAGCUCAAAAAUCAGACGCCAACAGCCUUGGGUUGGGCAAUCACAACUUCUGCAGGAAUCCUGACCACGACAGCUCACCAUGGUGUUACGUCUAUAGAGGCACACAGAUAGCCUGGGAGUUCUGCUCUGUGCCCAAAUGUCCUGAAGACAAGAACAGAGAGUGCAUGGUGGGCUUAGGUCAGACUUAUAGAGGCAUGGUUUCUGUCACGAAGAGUGGCUCCAAGUGUUUGCCGUGGGACUUUCCUGCUAUCAGACGUAAGGUGAACAAUGCCUGGAGAUCGAACGCCUUGAACCUGGGGCUCAGCAACCACAAUUUCUGCAGGAACCCAGAUGAUGAUGCUGCUCCUUGGUGUCACACCUACAAAAACAUGCAGCUGACCUGGGAGCUUUGUGACAUACCCAAAUGCUUGACACAUCCAUCCUUCAUCACCACUCCUGGCAUACGCGCUCCCACCACUAACAACAACAAUGGAGCAACGUGCGGCCAGCGCCUGGACAACACCUUGAAUCGCCCAGCUUUCCGCAUGGUCGGAGGCAGAUACAGCGACAUCACGGAGCAGCCGUGGCAGGCCGUCAUCAACGUUUAUCAGGCCCGCCUCAGGAAACACUUCCACCGCUGCGGAGGAAUCCUCAUCGACUCCUGCUGGGUUCUGUCUGCAGCACAUUGCUUCGAAAUCAAUGACAGAGCUGACAAGUUGGAAGUGGUUUUGGGAAGAACUUUCCGGAAGCAGAACUCCAGCAGUGAGCAGAUUUUUAAAGUUGAGAAGUACUGGAUCCAUGAGAAGUUUAACAAUGAAACAUUUGACAACGACAUUGCUAUUUUGAAGCUUCAGACGGACAUCGGCUUAUGUGCUGUGGAUUCUCCAGAGGUUCAUCCAGUUUGUCUGCCUGAACGCGGGCUGGUGCUGCCCGACUGGACUGAGUGCGAGAUCUCAGGCUACGGAAAAAACUCAGAAUUUUCUGAUGAGUACUCGGAGCGUGUUAAACGAGGACACGUGCGGCUUUGGCCCAAAGAACGCUGCGUUCCAGAGGUUCUGUCUGGACGGACCAUCACCUCCAACAUGCUGUGUGCAGGCGACACCCGAGGGCUUGAUGACGCCUGCAAGGGAGACUCUGGCGGCCCCCUGGUGUGUCGAACCAAGGACCGGAUGACUCUGAUGGGCGUGAUCAGCUGGGGCGACGGGUGCGGCCAUAAGAAUAAGCCCGGGGUCUACACACGCGUCACCAAUUACGUCGACUGGAUCAACAGCAAAGUUAAAGCAAACCCGGUCUAAAGUUGGAGAAACCGCAAACAAAUGUGUUGUUAAAUGACUCAUAAACUCAGUGGACGAGCGGUUUAUCUUGAUGAUAGACGGAGAAAUCCACGGCGCUCUGUUUUGUGAACGGAUGGAGGUUUGAAGUCAGCAGGACAGAAACACACCAGAGGGUUUUGUGGAGUUUAGCGUAGCUCCAUAUCCUCAAUGUUUCUAGUCUUCUCUGUUAUCAUCGGACUGUUUCAAAAGUGUUUUGUCCUCCUCCUGUGGGGGCCGUUGUUUAAUAAUCCUGACGUUUUCUGUUGUUUCCUGAUGACGAAGGCUCUUCCCUGCCUACUCAGUGAAUCUAAGAAGAAAGAAAGUUUAUAAGCUUCUUUUUACUUUAUUGCAGCUUUACUGAAAGAAAUUAGGAGCUGCUGACAGACCUGAAGCACUUUUAUUCCCUCUGCCUCGUCAGAGAGCUUUUUAGUUACUCAUAGCUACUCUCGAAGAGGGUUUAUUUUAUGACGGCAUUUAUAGGACAACUUAAAAUAUUGUUGAGGGAUCCCAGACCUGCAACCAAACCCCAUAAAUAAUCUGCUGGUUCAGAUUCUGCUUAUUUGUGCAGAUUGUUUCUGAUUUUAGCUUCUUAGGUAACGGCAGAUGAUAACACGGAGGCAAAAAGCAGGAGAUUCUCGAGCCAAUCAUCAGAGCAGAAAUCGAUCUCAGUCUCUUUUUUUGUUUGUUUUUUACAAAAGACAGCUGGGUUGAUCCCAGGAAGCAUAUUUUAUGAUUAUUAGUUUUAUAUGAAUAUUUUGUACCGUAAACCGCAUACUGAUUUGCAAAGCUGAACUGUUUAAACUUGCUUUGUUCUGCGAUUGUGAGUUUCAGAUGCGCUAAAUUAAUAUUUAUGUACAGUUUUUGUAGAAAUUUUUAUGUUUAUAUACAUACUUUGAGUAUCAUGUUGUCAGUAAUUUAUUGUCCUUGUUAUUAUAACCUUGUAUGUAAACACAUUUCUGUUUCAAUAAAAUACUUUGAGAAAAGAAAA